AUGGUCAAAUAUUGGCGUGAAAACGGUAUAGAUGUUGUUUUGUACCUUGAUGAUGGUUUUGGUAUGUGUACAGAUAAAUCUAAGUGUAUAGAAGAUUCAGAUUUUGUUAAGAAAUCUUUAGAAGACGCCGGUUUUCUCAUAAAUGAAGGAAAGUCAAUUUUUUCACCUGUACAGUCAUUAGAAUGGCUUGGUAUUGUUUGGAAUGCUAGCGAAUUUAGUCUUGUUAUCCCAGACAGACGUGUAAAUGAUUUGCGUGUAUCGCUUGUGUCAGUUAUUGGAAGAUUUCCUAAUAUAACUGCUAGGACCUUAGCUCAGGUUGUAGGACAAAUUAUUUCCAUGGCUCCAGUCAUUGGCAAUGUAGCUAGAAUUAUGACAAAAUUUUGUUAUAUGGCAAUAGAGUGUAGAACAGAAUGGGACAAAUGGCUGUUAUUUCCAUGUCCAUACAAAGUCUUAUCAGAACUGCAUUUUUGGUUAAAAAACAUACAUAGUUUGAACAUUAAGUUGUUGGGUCAUUACUCAAAGUCACACGUUGUAAUUUACUCUGACGCCAGUGGUAAAGGGGCAGGUGCAUAUUCAGUAGAACUUGACAAGAAAAUUUUCCAUGAAACGUGGGAUUUUUCUGAAGCUCAAGAAAGUUCGACAUGGAGGGAGUUGAAGGCUAUAGAGCUAGCCUUGAUAUCUUUCAAAAAUGUUUUUGAAGGCAAAACGCUUAAAUGGUACACAGAUAAUCAGAACUGUGUUAAAAUUGUAAAAGCUGGUAGUAUGAAUGAAAAACUACAAUUUUUAGCUUUGUCGAUUUUUUCGGUCUGUAUUCAAAAAUGCAUUUCCAUUGACAUUCAAUGGAUUCCUAGAUCGCAAAACUCUCAAGCUGAUUAUAUCAGUAGAAUGGUCGAUUACGAGGACUGGGGCGUAUCAAAUGAGUUUUUUCAAUUUAUGAAUGAUUUAUGGGGUCCUUACACAAUAGACCGGUUUGCAAAUUCUCAGAAUGCAAAAGUGUGUAGAUACAAUUCUAUGUUUUGGAACCCGUGUGCAAUAGCUGUAGAUGCUUUUACACAAGAUUGGUCAAAUGAGAAUAAUUGGUUGGUACCACCUGUUUAUUCGGUUAUUCGGUGUAUUAAACACUUGAUUUACUGUAAGGCCAAAGGGACCUUGAUUGUUCCUAAAUGGAAAUCGGCAGCCUAUUGGACUAAGAUUUUUGAUAAAAACCUAUAA